AAACAACUUGCCACAACCUGCCCGGCCGCGCUCCCGGUCCUAGCCUGCUUAUGGAGCUGGAAUGCCUGGUGGAGAGCUGGAGACGUUGACAGAUGGGAGAUGAACUGAGAGGAACAAAAUCACACCUCUGCCUGUGGCUGUGGAACCGAUGGCCAGGGUGGGCCUCGACCUGAACCAGGACGGUCAAGCAGAUGUCUAUGUUGAGGGCGUGGACAGGAACCGGGAUGGCAUCCCCGACAUCCUGCAGCAGGCCACUACCUGUGAGUGUGGAAACAUCUUUGCAGCAGAUGCGCGGUUUUGCCGAAAAUGUGGCAAGCCGCGGCCUUUGCCGAAGGCGGUGCAUCUGGAUGUGCCGCCAACGGUCCCACAGGGCUCUGCCCGGAGUUCAACGCCGACGGUGGUCGAAGCGAAGGCCUAUCAAGGCGCACCGGUGACGAUGCCCACACCAAUGCCAUUGACCUCGCAACACUUUGCUCCGCAGGUGAGCACCUUUGCAGCAACACCACCAAGUCCUGCCAGAGUACCCACCUACUCAGCAGCACCUCAACCAGGCCCACCUGUCACCACCUACACCACUGCUCCUCAACCGAUUCUUCAACCAGUCACCACGUAUGUAUCGCCUCAACCUGUGAUACAAGAGGUUGUUCGCGAGGUGCCGGUGAAGAAAAGGGAACUGCACACAAUCUACAGAGAAAGGCCUCAGGUGGAGUUCGUCCAGAAGACAGUGGAUGUGCCAAAGGUGGAAGUGAAAGAAAGGUUGGUCGAGGUUCCACAAGUUCUCCUUCACGAGAGGAUCAUGGAAGUUCCUGAAAUCUUUGAGGAUGAGCUCGUGAAACAAGUGCCGCGUGUAGAGUAUUUGGAGGUGGAGAAACCCAUCGAGCUGCCAAUCUUCGAGGCACGAGAGCAAAUCCAAGAGCUGCCCUUCUUGUUGGAGCAGGAGUGCUUGGUGGAAGUGCCCCAGGUGCAAUGCAUCGAGCUCAUCCGAGAGGUGUCCAAAGAGGUAGUGAAAAAGGUUCAAAAGCUGGUGGAGCGGCCAGUGGUAAAGGUGGUGGAACAACCGGUGGAAGUGCCUGUCACGACCGUGAAGGAAGAGUUAGUGGAGGUUCCAGUGCUGGAGCAGGUGGACAUCAUUAAGCAGGUUCCAAUCUAUGAGCUCAAGCAGGUGGAGAAACAAGUGGAGGUGCCAGCCGUGGAGCUGCAGGAGCGGAUCAUUGAAGUCCCUCAGACGGAAGUUGCUGAAAACCCUGUAGAGAUACCUGACGUGGAAAUUUGCGAAGUGAUCCGCCAGGUGCCGAAAUAUGAGGUCCAGUACAUUGACAAGGAGGUGGUCCGGCAUGAAAUCAGAUACAUUGAGAAGCUCAUCGAGGUACCACAUGUGAUCUAUGAAGAGCGUAUCAUCGAGGUCCCUCAGGUGGAACGACGGGAACUCAUCCGGCACGUGCCGGUGACCAGAGUGCAGGUGGUGGACAAGAAGGUGCCCCGGCACACCUUGGAGGUCACAGAGAAGAUUGUGGAAGUCCCAACGGUGCUGACCGAAGAAUUUCCCGUGGAGGAGGCGGAGAUUGCAGUGGUGGAGACUAUCACUGAGGUGCCAAAGAUCCAAACUAUCCCUGUGCCGGUGGAGGUUCCGAAGGUGGUGAACGUGCAGAUCCAAGAGCGCCUGGAAGAGGUCUACUCUACCCUAAUCGAAGAGCGGGUGCUGGAGGUGCUGCAGCAGUGCUGCACGCUGGUGGAGGGAAUUUCGGAUAGGACUUGA